GAGUACACGACACGCCAAAUCCCCUCAAAAAAAAAAACCGACACGCCAAUGGAGCAACCGCCGGGCGUCGACGCCGACGGGUACCGCAUCCGGCCGCUCGAGCUCGCGGACCUCUCCAAGGGUUUCUGCGACCUCCUCGCCCAGCUCUCCCCGUCCGCAUCCCUCACCGAGGAAGCCUUCCGCUCCCGCUUCGAGGAGCUCGCGGCCCUCGGCGCCAACCACCUCGUCCUCGUCGCGGAGGACGCCGCCACGGGCCGCCUCGCCGCCGCGGGCGCGGUGCUCGUGGAGCGCAAGUUCAUCCGGCGCUGCGGCAGCGUGGGGCAUGUCGAGGACGUGGUGGUGGACGCCGCCUCGCGCGGCCGGGGGCUCGGGGAGCGCGUCGUUCGACGGCUCGUGGAGCACGCGAGGGGGAGGGGCUGCUACAAGGUCAUACUGAACUGCACCCCGGAGCUGAGGGGGUUCUACGCCAAGUGCGGGUUCGUGGAGAAGAAUGUCCAGAUGGGGCUCUACUUCUGAUCUAGGGAUGGCGAUUUUGUUUGAUGGCCUUGUGUUAUGGUGACUGGCGAGCAGACAGAACUUAGAAGGGCAAGUUGAAGUCCUACUACUGGAAUGCUGGACCAACAUUCUGCUAUUGACUCGCACUAUACCGGUGACUAGUGCUUAGAGCAAGUUGCCAAUAGUAGUCCUAGGGAACGGCAAGGAACUGGUAUGUCUGAGGUGUGCCAGAAAGUUCCCGAAACUUGAACGAUAGAUAGUGGUGGAUCACUAAUAAAUCCAGCACAAGCUGAAGCUGGAUUGGUUGUUACACCUUCUUUACUGUAUUAUAAUUGGCUGGUUUCUCCAAAUUGAAUCGAUCUGACUUUUAGUCGUAAGUUCGUAA